CCAAAUACAAACGGUCGGCGCGAGGAGCUUGCCUGGGAGCGGGCACUGGGCGGUAGGGACGACUUGCUGCAGCCUGGGUCCCAGUGACUGUCUGCCUUUUCUCCUUCCUCCUCACUUUGUUGUGCCAGGCCACAGGCCUUCGGUGCCGGUUUCUUUGCUCUUUAUCGAGGGCUGCUGGGUGAGCCCGAGGGAGAUGGUGAGGCUGCACCCCAUAUUGGGCAGAGGUCGUGCUAUCCGCUGCCUUUCUUGAGUCCCGUAGCAGACCCAAGAUGUACUUUUAUUUUACUCUCCUUCAAAAUAUAUUCUGGUGGUACUGAAGAAGAUAUGUUCCUGGAACAUAUUUGAUAGAAAUUUCAUUAUCAGAGUAGAAAUAAUCUAAGAGACAUUGAAAUGUAUUUCAAGACAUGAGAAAAAGAUUCCACGAAGUACUGCAUAAGACGAAAGCACACGUACUGGGGAGAUGGAUUAUAUAUCUGGAAGCACUAAAGGAAGUCUCUUGGAAGAGUGAAAAGCUAGAUUAUUUCAAAGUUGGAGUUGAAGCUAAUGUUAAAUAAUGGCAACAGGUGACUUAAAAAGAAGCUUACGGAACCUAGAACAAGUGCUUCGCAUGAUAAAUUAUCCUAAAGAGGUGGAUUCUGCAGGUUUGAUAAAAGGAGAAACAGCAGCAUCUUUGCCUAUCAUCAGCUAUUCGCUUACCUCAUAUUCACCUUAUGUAGCCGAACUCCUGAUGGAAUCUAAUACAGAGCUCGUAGCAAAGAAUGACUUGCGCUUUAUAGAUACUAUCUAUAAGCUUCUUCGUGAUCAAUUUAAUUAUAAACCAAUUCUGACAAAAAAGCAAUUUACCCAAUGUGGAUUUGCAGAAUGGAAAAUCCAAAUUAUUUGUGAUAUUUUGAAUUUUGUUAUGAAAAAGCACAAGGAAUUGAGUGGUUUGGAGAAGACUCCAUCACAACAAAGAAAGAAAAUCGGUUAUAGUAAGUCAGAACCCUCUUUAAGCGGUGAGAAAACAUCUGAAGAACCUGUUGGCAUUGACAUUACUGGCAGGUUUCUGACUUCAGGAAAGAAGAAAGCUGUGGUGAUCCGUCAUCUGUAUGAUGAAGAUAAUGUUCAAAUUCCUGAAGAUAUAACAACUACAGUAACAGAUGUUAAUGAAGCAUUUGAUUUGAGUGACUUAAAGACUACUGAAAUAAGUAUUCCUGAAGUAAAGAUCCCUGAAAUCAAGGCUGAGCAACAGGAUAUAAAUGUUAAUCCCGACAUUAUUGCGCUACGGACUAUGCUUGCUGAAUGCCAAGAAAAACUUACGAAACUUACUCUCUUAGAGAAAAGGUUAGACAGUUUGGAAGAAAAAAUGAAAGGAAAAGUAAUGGUAAAUGAAAAAACCUGGACUAAUCUUCUAAGUCGUGUUACUCUUCUUGAAACAGAAAUGCUUUUAUCAAAAAAGAAUGAUGACUAUGUAGCAUUUAAUGAAGUGAGUGAGGACUAUGCUUCUACCAGUAACAUGGAGUUUCUGAAUCCUGAAAGAAAAAGCAAAAUGGAAGGACAAGCAAAUAUUCCUCUGUCCUCUGGUUAUAGUACAGCAUCAUCAGAUUCAACUCCCAGAGCCUCGACUGUUAAUUACUGUGGUUUGAAAGAGUUUUCAGAGGAAACAACAAUCCAGAAAAUGGAAAGGAUGAAAAAAAUGUUUGAAGAGACUGCAGAGUUACUGAAAUGCUCAAAUCACUAAUUGUAGAAUUUUCUGCAUGAACUUCUAGGAUUUUGGCUACUGUACAUGUUGUACAUUUUAAGAAUUCUCUCCAAUUUUAAUAUACUAUAUUAUUUUUAUUAAGAAUUUGAAUUCUUUUUGGUAUUUAAGUUUUUUCAUUGCUUAUUGAAUAAAUAGUUUCAUAUUUUUGA